GAAGUGCUGAACACCAGAGCCCAGCCCGAGAAGAAAACUCCCUGGAGAGGACAGCCUGACCCCUGCAGAGAGCAAGCUUCUUCAAACUCUGCCUGGAAAGGAGAAGAUCCAAAGGGCCCUGGGGGUUCUCCACCUGUUUCUGCUGGCCAGAGACCAGGACAGCUUCCGGACCGAUUCUGCAGACGCCGCCACUACUGGGCGAGGAUCGAAAUUUCGGCGAGAUACGUGAAGCCCUAUUGGACUCAGACACAAGCAGACACUGAGUCUGAGAACAAAGAGACACGCAGACGUGAGCAGACAUCCACGAACAUCUCUUCAAUCAAGAAUUCCAGGACUUGGGUGUCAUUGCAUUGCAAAGUCAAAAUGUUGUUUUUGUGUUUCAUUCUGCUGUCAAUUGCCUUAGGCAAUUCUAUUGCCUUGGGUAAUUUGGCAGAUUUACCCAUGAGUGAACAAAAAGAAAAUAUUUGGGAAACUUUGGCCAAUGCAGCAGGUUUGGACACCAUCUGCUUGACACAUUCAAGACCGAACAAACCGUUUUCAGCAUGUCUGGUGGGCUUGCCAGUGAGUGAAUGGCCAAUUCCAAAGAACAUCCCUCCAAAGGUUUCGCAGGUCAUUUCGAAUCCUGUGGACGGAUGGGAGGUUUGGACACAAUUUCUCCCAGUGGCUCCUUUUGAACCUCAGGAACUGGAAAUUCUUGGUUCAGUGACAAUGAAUUUUUGUAUAGAAUUUGGCAUUUCAGGAGUGACGCAAACGAAGAACAAAAUGAUAGAUGUCACCCCAAAUAAUUUCAUUUAUAGAGAUGCCUCUUCUUGGUGUAAUUACACCAAGGUGUCAAACAGACCAUCCCACCAAGUCCCAUUGCAAUUGCCACAAGGAAUCUUUUUCAUUUGUGGGGACAGGAUUUGGCCUGCUAUCCCUGCAAAUGCCACAGGCGGUCCGUGCAGCAUUGGAAAACUUUCAUUGCUAACACCCGAUCUGACAAUCUUGAGAGGGAAAAAGCAUAGGGGGAAAAGAAAUAUUAAAAAAUAUGAUCCAAAGUGUGAUGAUAAUGUUUAUACAUGGAACAAUGCCCAGAGAAUUGGGGCUGCAAUAUUCUCGCCACAAACAGCAUCAGGGGUACCCUUGACUCAAUCGGACCCAACGGGGUGUUGGUUGAGCAAAGAUGCUCGUGACGUUUCUCUUGCAGUGAGUGACAUGUUAACAGAUGCCCACAGUGUAAGAGGGUCAACUCUUCAAGACAGAGCAGCAAUUGAUUAUUUAUUGCUGACACAUGGGCACGGGUGUGAAGAAUUUGAAGGGAUGUGCUGCAUGAACUUGUCAGAUCAUUCAAAAUCUAUCCAUGAACACAUAAAGCAAUUGCAAGACGGUAUAGCCAAAAUCAGAAAAGUUACUGGGUCUUGGUUGAAUGAUUUGUUUGAUUCUUUGGACCUCUCACCGUCGUGGAGAGAAUUUUUGAAAAUGGCUUUUUAUAUUUUAGUGGGGCUUGUAAUUCUUCUGCUCGUUUUGCCAUGCCUUGUCCAAUGCGUGCGGCGGGCCAUGAACAGGGCUGCCAGAGAGGAGAUUUUGGUGCAACAAGAAAGGGGAGAAGUCUGAGUCCAGAGCAUCCCUCUGGCUGCCCUGGAUAACUCGAGCCCCUGGCAAAGAGCCCAGGAACCUUGGCAGCAAAUGAAAAACACCCGUGGAUUUGAUUUUAGCCCAUGGGAGAGGCUGCUGACCUUGUAUGAGGAUUUACAAGCAAAAAGGGUUUGAAUAGUGUAAUAGAGAAAUUGACACAGGGUGGAAAAGUAGAAUUUUGGGAUUUUUUAGAAAGAAAUUCAGGGGUACAAGAUGGAGGAAUCUGGGCAUGCCCUAGCUUCUUCUUCCUUCUUCUUGUCCUCCAUGUCUCGGUGUGAUGGUGACACUUUUCUAUUGGUUUAGGACAGGGACACCUUGUCCAACGUAGAUUUUAGGUAUUGGUACGGGAAUUGUAAGCAUGGUACACGUAAUUUUGGGUAUAUAAUGUGGGAGCUGCCUGGGGCAGGUAGGAGACUGCCAUGGCUGCUGUGCUAGCUGGACCUCGGCAGGUCAGAGAGAAACUAUUGUAGAUAAGAAAAAAAUAAACAACCUUGAAAACUCGGCUUCACACAUUCCAGACCUCUUCUUCAGCGGCCAGGCCAGGGAAAAAAGGACUUUCACACUGCUGGGGUCUUGCCAAGUGACCCUGACAUCCCUGGCUGGCAGAUGUGGGGCAUCAUCCUAGAACCAUUUUUUUUUUUUUUUUGUCCAGCUGUAAGUAAACUCAUGAACACCACUGUGUUCUUUGGAUGUCCCAGGGUACACCAAGGGUUUUCAUUCUCCUAAUUAUGACUUGUUGGGAAAUACUUUCAUUUUCGCAUAGAUCCUGGAGUUAAAGAGAAAAGAUUCAGUGAAGCAUUAAUUAAUGUUAAUAAAAUUCUUACAUUGAGGCU